AUGGUGUGGGUGUUUAACUGGGGCUUGGAGAAGUUUCUGCCCGAGCAGAAACUGAAGCCUGGGGACGAGAUCCCACACGUGUUGACGCCCCCGGAUGUGGAGGACCGACCACAUCUGACCUGUGCAUUUGAUGACCAGGGUGCAGCAGGCUCCGAUGACGAGGAGGACGACGAGCAGCCUGAUCGUGACUUGGACAGGCCCACAACCAAAGAAGAACUGAAUCAGCUACGUGAAAGACACGGCAACAAUCGUCGCACGGCAACGUACUUUUACAAGCAGCGCCGGAUUCAGAUGGAAGCCCGUAUCAUCUACAUCGGGGCAAGGCUAGUGGCCAAAGAAUUCGGAGACACAGUGCCCUGCUUGCGAUGGCAGGCUGCACGGGCUGCCGGCCACACUUGGUUCAGCACGAUUCUUGACACUAUGCAACUUCUUCACGAUGCGGAGGUUCUGAGCUGCCUCGACAUCCUGAUCCCCAUGACGGCUGACUUUGCGGUUUCAGACGAGGAGGAAAGCCCGGAGGAGCAAGCCCGUUUGCAACUCUUCUUCCGCUUCCUUUGUGAGUUGUGCUCCGCCCGGUCAUGGUCACAGAUGCAGUUUGCAACUUUGUGCCCGCAGUUCCUUGCGAUUAUCUUUCACGACUCGCUGGAUGUCCGUCAAGCCGGACUUGCCAAAGCCAAGGAAAUCUGGACUGCUGUGCUGGCAGCGGAAAAGAUUGUGCAUGACUCACCUGGCGCUCCGCUUGUCAGCCAAACCGUGAAGGCGAAAUUGGCAACCUGCUUGCGUGAGCUGGCAUGGAACCAGCUCUUGCUGGCCAGGGAAUCCUUUUCUGUGUGUCGUGCCGGUGAUUGGGAUCACAGCUUCGGCCAAUUGGUCACCUUAUGCCAUAGACUUUUCGGAAGACCGACAACGACAAAGCAUUUUUUGGAAGAUGGCUUUGCCCAUCUGAGUGACAUCGCCAAACGUCACAUGAAAGGACAAACCAUGCAGAGGUGGACCAAGUAUCUCUGCACGAUGGGCGCUCCAUCGACGAGGAACAGCGAAUGGCCUCAGGUUCGCCAGACUGCGGAAGAAUUCAGGUCGAUUCACAGGGACAGGGCGACACAGCCUGAGAGCGAGAAAGUUGCCCUGCACAAGAAAAGCUUUCUGGCCGCUCAGCAGCGACUUCCGGAAGAGCUGCAAGAGUUUCUCAAGGAGGACAAGUUGAGCAGCAACAUUAAGAAGGCUGGCGUCGAGUCCAACCAGAAAGCAACGGCUGCUACUGCAUGGGUGUGCCAGCACGUCAACCGAUGGGACUUGGCACCCAUGGCUUGGGCAGGUGUUUUUCUGAAGAAAGGAUGCAUCUUCCAGAACCCGGAGAACUCCACCGCCAUGUUGAGCUUGGGAUUUCGCACAUGGGGUGCACUUGGCAUCCGACUGAACAAGUUCGAAGUCGAUGGCAAGGUGUUUUUCACGCUCCCUACCAUGUCGAUGUCGGGAAUCACACUCCCGACGUGGAUGUUCAACCAUGGUCUGGGCCCAGACAGCCCCUGGCGGUCCGUGCCGUUCAAGGUCUGCACCCCAAGGUGUGUGCCGGCGGCACUCGGCGCAGAUUACUGUUCUGUGCUGGUGCAAACUGGCGAUGCAGAGGACAUCGUCGUUGGUGGACUGCGUGCCGGGAUUUUUCUCACCAAAGACCAGCUUCAACUUAUGUGGCAAGCCUUCAAAUUCGAGCUACCGCCAAAAGGCCACGGAAGUGGCAAGAGCGGAAACUUGAUCAAGCAGGACUUCGCACGGGGUGUGUUACGGCACUUCUUUCCGGAUUGCGAUGAGUCGAGUGAAGAAUGGCUGUUCAUGCUCCGGGGAAUUUUGGGCACCAUUCCGAAGCCAUCCUGCAGCGACGACGUCCUCACAGCUGUGGCUGCUCUGGACCCCAUUGCACAGGAAGAUUUCAAGGAGAUGAAGAAAGCAGCCAAAAACCAGCGACAUUGCCAGGAGGGUGAUGUCAAAGGCAAGAAGCGCAAAGCAAAGGAUGAUGAUGCAGCUGAGGGACUUCCCAGCAAGUCCACGGCUCGAGACCCGGCGUCUGUGGGCAGUCCUGGGCGGCGAGCUGCUGGAUCAGGGGUUCAGCAGGAGCGGAAAACAUACACACCUGGAGAGCUUCAAGACCUCAUUCCCGGAAAAGGCAGUUUGGCAGGAGUCUACUUGAAAAGGCUUCCGGGCGGUGCCAAUGGCAAGUGCUACCAAGGGUUUUAUCCACCUGGAUCAGGCCGGUGA